GGGCGGCGACGUGGGAGGCGGUGUUGCUGCCAGGGAGGAGCGUGGCCAGCCGACGACCCCUGGCAUGCGCGGCGCCGUGCCGUCGAAGGACGUCCAAGCGGCUCAGGACAUCGGUAAACACCCGCCAAUGCAGGCGCCUUCAAACCCAGCGACGCCCACGGCGGGACAGGCGAGAAGGGAUGAAGGGGCGAGGAUGAAUGCGGCAGUCAGGGGACAGCUUGCGACGCACAUUCCCGCAAAGGAAGCCGCAGCGGUGGGGGCCGUUGUUGGUACAUCGGCGACCGGCGCGGGGGGGGGCGGUGGCGACGGUCGUGAUAAUGCUGAWGACAACGAUCCCCUCAUUAACAGGCAGAGGCGAUCCGGAAACCUGGCGGCUCUAGAGGCGAAAGCGAAGCUGUGGGUGGACGAUCUGCGUUUCUGGAACGAGACGGAGGGGCAUGGGAUGUUCAAGAUCAUCCAGGAGACUCGCCUGCACCUCAUUUCCAUCGCGAAGGGUGUGAAACCGUCAGAGAUCAGAAAAAGCAUUGUCCUCCCGAACGCCACGAUCCUUCAGCAGAAGCUAGAAGACAUAUCGGAGUUGGGGGCCGCGAAGGAGAGGGCUUCGAGGGUGCAGACCAUAGCGUUGCGCAUCAUCCAUGGGUGGAUCUUCAAGUCACCCAAUCGCGCCCGCGGGUACCAUUGCUCCUACGGCUAUGUGCUGAACCACAUCGCCACAGACCUCGCCCGCGCCAUCUGGUGUGGAGAGGACUGGCGGGUAGGUGUGAGUCCGGCGGUCGUCCAUAACACUUUGGAGCUUCAUAUGAAKCUCCCCAUCUGGUACGUAGGUGGCGUCAUACACGACAGGCACGAGGAUGACGAAAUGGCGUCGUAUCAGGAGUCCACAACGCAGCGUCUGGUGGGAGCUUUCACGAAUGUUGUUGACAUGGGGGAGGGGGUAGACGGCGGGCGGAUAUCGUAUGAGAGGCUGAGGAACGUGGCAGACUGCAUGCGCCUUUUGUUGUCUGCUGCCAUGUGGAUCAUGAGGAUGGCGGGAGAUAAUCUCCGUUCGCAUUAUGAGGCGUCCCAUCUCGUGGAGCUCAUUGCGAAACCGAUGCUCAUUGCGUCGCUGCAUGCGUCGUUCGACGCGCGCCGCCAUGUUCUGCAGUGUGUCAAUGUAGUAACGGAGAAAAUGGGGAAGCCCCCCAUGACGUUGGUCGACCCUCCGGUGUACAUCCCCGAGUGGGUUUCGUGAGGUGACCGCGCACAGCCACCCGCCGGUGCUGCUGAUGAUGACAGUGAUGUCGAUGAUGAUGACGUUGAUGAUGAUGAUGAUAACGGUGACGAUGAUGAUGGUGACGACAACGAUGAUGAUGAUGACGAUCGUGAUGAUGACGAUUGUGAUGAUGACGAUUGUGAUGAUGACGGUGACGAUGAUGAUGGUGAUGAUGAAGAUGAUGAUGAUGAUGAAGAUGAUGAUGACGAUGUUCAUGAUCAAGAUGAUGAUGAUGAUGAUGAUGAUGAUGAUGAUGAUGACGAAGGUGGUGAUGGUGAUGACGACGAUGGUGGCGACGAUGACGAUGUCGUCGAUGAUGAUGGGGAUAGGAGCUGGCAUGGCGUGUGAAUAGCGGUUGCGCGCGUUUCGUAGACUGUCUUCUACUUCCUUUGAGUCGAGUCGUUUCCUGUUGUAAAAGCGGUUGCCGAGUAGGGGUGGGAGCUCGGUUUCAUAAAGYUGACAGCAAAGUGCAGUCGACAUGCACGUCUUUUCAUUAAAGGGGCCACUCAUCGUCGACUGURCGGUGUCAUUAACGUCCAUCAUGUCUAUGCGCAUCRUUGAUGCUAAUUUGAUUUCGUAUGCUAUGGCGAACGUUCCUUUUAUAYCGCAGUCGUGUUUUCUUAUGUUUGUUCUUUCCGAUUGCAAAGCUUCCAUGUAAAGUUGUGGGUGAUAAGGUGCAUGAAUUAUGUGUGAGAGAUUGACGUUUUCAUUCAGUGACCUUCUUUCUCCUGCACUCAUCGUUCAACCAUUCACAACACUUUCACGAAGAUGAAGACGAAUAAUUGGCAACAUAAAAUAUGUACUCCAACGUUUGGACCAUGGACAUAUGUGGACUCAAAUGAAUGCUAUCAUUAAUG